AUGAUGAAGCAAUUCAUCCGCAAUGUGCGUGCGUCCAAGACAAUCGCCGAUGAGCGCGCUGUGGUGCAAAAGGAAAGUGCCGCCAUACGAGCAAGCUUUAGAGAGGAGAGCGGGGACUCAAACGUCAGGCGGAAUAAUGUCGCAAAGCUACUAUACCUUUUCACUCUCGGGGAGCGGACCCAUUUUGGCCAGAUCGAAUGUCUCAAGCUUCUUGCAUCGCCACGGUUCGCAGAUAAACGGUUAGGAUACUUGGGCACGAUGUUAUUGCUAGACGAGAACCAGGAGGUGCUGACUUUGGUCACAAACUCGCUCAAAAACGAUCUCAAUCAUUCCAACCAAUAUAUCGUCGGACUUGCUCUAUGCACGCUAGGAAACAUUGCUUCAGUUGAAAUGUCUCGAGAUCUAUUCCCUGAAAUCGAAACCCUCCUCUCUACUGCGAACCCAUAUAUCCGACGAAAAGCUGCCCUCUGUGGUAUGCGGAUAUGCAGGAAAGUGCCCGAUCUUCAGGAGCAUUUCCUCGAAAAGGCAGCAGCGCUUCUGUCCGACCGUAACCACGGCGUCCUACUCUGCGGCCUCACCUUGGUGACGAGCCUUUGCGAGGCCGAUGAGGCCGAAGGGGGAGAGGAAGGGGUCGUGGAGAAAUUCAGACCGUUCAUUCCAAGCCUUGUGCGCACAUUAAAAGCGCUGGCGAGCUCAGGAUAUGCGCCAGAGCACGAUGUCACUGGCAUCACAGAUCCAUUCCUUCAAGUGAAGAUCUUACAGUUAUUAAGAGUACUCGGACGGGGUGAUGCGCAGACGAGUGAACAAUUCAACGACAUUCUAGCCCAAGUUGCAACAAACACUGAUUCCUCGAAGAAUGUUGGCAACUCGAUUCUAUACGAAGCGGUCCUAACCAUCCUUGACAUCGAAGCUGAUUCAGGGCUGAGAGUGCUUGGGGUUAAUAUCCUUGGCAAGUUUCUCUCCAAUAGGGAUAACAAUAUUCGCUAUGUGGCACUGAAUACGCUCAUCAAAGUUGUCGCUGUCGAGCCAAACGCUGUCCAAAGACAUCGGAAUACCAUCCUCGAAUGUUUGCGUGAUCCAGAUAUUAGCAUCCGGAGGCGCGCGCUCGAUCUGAGUUUCACACUGAUCAACGAGAGUAAUGUCAGAUUACUGAUCAGGGAGCUGCUGGCCUUCCUGGAAGUUGCAGACAACGAAUUCAAGCCAAUAAUGACCAGUCAGAUUGGCGUCGCUGCUGAUAGGUUUUCGCCGAACAAGCGAUGGCACAUUGAUACCAUGCUCAGAGUGCUAUCACUUGCUGGGAACUAUGUUAAGGAGCAGAUCCUGUCGUCGUUUAUUAGACUUAUUGCUACAACGCCAGAACUGCAAACAUAUGCUGUGCAAAAGUUAUAUGCCAGCUUGAAGAAGGAUAUUACCCAGGAGAGUCUGACACUUGCCGGCGCAUGGUGUAUUGGUGAAUAUGGCGAUGCUCUCCUUCGAGGUGGCCAAUAUGAAGAAGAAGAGUUGGUGCAAGAAGUGAAGGAGAGCGAGGUGGUAGAUCUAUUCUCUUCGAUCCUAAAUAGCAGUUAUGCUACACAAAUCGCGACCGAAUACAUCAUCACAUCGCUAAUGAAACUCACAACACGCUUUUCGGAUCCAGCCCAGAUUGAUAGAAUCCGACGAAUACUGCAAAGCCAUUCGGCUAGUCUGGAUGUUGAAGUACAACAGCGUGCGGUAGAAUAUGGGAAUCUUUUCGGUUAUGACGCGAUCCGGAGGGGUGUUUUGGAGAAGAUGCCCCCUCCCCAGAUUAAGGAGGAGUCGAGGGUGUUGGGUGAAGCCGCGAAGAAAUCCACCAAGGCAACCAAGCGAAAGUCAAAGAGUGCGAAACCAGCAGAAGAAGACCUGUUAUUUGAUUUGAUGGGCGAUGGCAGUGUCCCAUCAACGGAUCUUGGUGCCAAUGGUUCAUCGAACAACGCAGACCUGCUCGCUGAUAUUCUUGGCGGUAGCCCAUCACCAACAGCCACAUCUCCUACCCCACAGCAGUCCAACAUGAGUUCGAUUAUGGAUCUCUUUGAUAGUUCUAGCGCGUCACAAUCUCAGCCACAAGCAGCUACUCCUUCAAACGACCUCUUCUCUGGGAUGUCGUCACCACCACCCCCAUCAGCAGCACCAUCAAUUCCUACUCACUCCUGUUACGGCCAAAAUGAUCUCAACAUUGCCCUUCAGUUACAACGAAAUGCUGAAGGUAUGAUACAAGUAUUGGCACGAUUUCAGAAUACGUCAAUACAUCAGUCCUUAUCCGCCGUUGCUCUUCAAGCGGCUGUCCCGAAGACCCAGAAACUUCAAUUAAACGCGAUGUCAAGUUCGGAAUUGGGGCCAGGCGAUGAAGCGACCCAGUCCAUGAGAAUUACAGGAAGUAAAGGGGUAAGUGGUCCUUCGACAUUUGUUACACUACCUGCUAAUUUUGAAUCAGCCUCCGUUGCGUUUGCGCCUGAAAAUUUCAUAUACGCAUCCCUCUGCGGGGCAGGUGUCGGAUCUGGUAAACUGGUCGGAACCUGUAUGAACGUAAAAGACCCAUUGUUAGAUAGAAGCACACUGCCUUUCACAGCAUUCUCGCCGCCUCAAAGCAUGCUUAGUUCUCGCCGAGUACAAUGCUCGAUAUCAGAACAUGGCACAGGUCUUAAUUCCGACGAAAUUAUUGUGCCAUCAGUAUCGGUGCUCGAACUGAGAGGACCCACCGUCCGAGACGAAUUCAUUGACGCGCGGAUCAAGAAUGGGUUCGCUCAAAAAUAUGGUUGCCUCCUAGUCCUGAAGAUACCGGCCUAUUUUCUUCGGACAACGAUUGGAGCAUCUUCUUCUGUCGAACUAGGGUUCAAUAUGGGUACCUAUGUCGCGCAGAAGCUAUCACCAGCGAAUAUUUACAGCAUCACGAUAACGAAAUCGAAUCCAGCUUUUAUGGAGACGGUUCGGGAGACAGAACGUAAUGCAAAAAACAUGGAUAGCCUCCAGGUUUUAAUGGACAAGCUGGAAAGUGGUGAACCCGUAGGCGCCCAGUUUGGCGAUAUUGACGCGAGUACAAGAGGGUUACGUGAUAUACUUGGCAUCACCACAGCUUAUUUCAUGUCGCAGGACCGAGCAUUUCGCACCAAAUGCGUCGAAAAUGGGUACGGUGAACUUCAUCGUGGAUCCAUCACCGUCGUCACAGCAGGCAUUCCUGUAACGGUCCGAACUUCGACUCUAUGUCUCAAUACCGUGAUAUACCACCAUCGCGGCGACCCUCAACAUUGGAUCAUUGUCCCUCCUUCACAAAAAGCAGCUUUUGAGGAUCGAUUGGUCCAAGAAUUUCGAACACAGAUACCGACCCAGCACUGCUCCCAAUUCGCUCGGCAUCUUGGGAUAUGGAUCCCGCCGAAGAUUCUGAAAAUAUGGGAAAUCAUAUUCUUCGAAGUCACCAUGCGCGAGAAGGAAUUCAUGGUUAUAUUCCCACAUGCGUAUUACUGGUCAUGGAGUGAAGGGUUUGGUAUACUAGAGAGCAAGAACCAAGCUGGCAAGGCCUGGGAUCAUUCUUCCUAUAGGGAAUGCAGCCCGGAUAGUCUGCUCUGUGGGAUAGAGGGAUUGGCUGAGCAACUGCUACCUUCACCCGAAAAUACUCUUAGAAAGGUUGAAGAUGUGUUGGAAGAUGAAGAGAAUAAGCUUAAUUUGUUAGCCCAAGCAUAG